UUAACGAAAUAAUUUUGUUUUUGUUUUCCCAGUUUAGAAUGGUUCGUCGGCCGAUUUUCCUGGCACAGCAUUAAUAUUCCUGUUUUAUAUACGAAAUUUACAACCUGAGGACCAGGUAAAAUGUAUUCGAUUGUAGAUUUCUACGGGAAGCAAUCCAACAAUAGCUGUGGCUACUGCAAACGGCAUGUCAGCCAAUCUCAUGGCAUGUGGGCGCAUUCGAUGACCUGUCGAGACUACCAGGAUCUCAUCGAUCGCGGCUGGCGUCGGUCCGGGUGCUACUGCUACAAACCGGAAAUGAACAGUACCUGUUGCCCAUCGUAUACAAUCAAGUGUGAUGCCACCCAGUUCCGACUGAAUCGAUCGCACAAGAAGAUCAUCAAAAAAGUGAACCGAUUUCUUAAAGAUGGUCAUCGAGAAGACGGGGACGCAGAAAAACCGAACACUUCCGGAGGUAAUUCGGCAGAUGAGUUCACCGGUGGUGGAGAUUUAGAGAUGGGCGAGGUUGCCAGAAAUCCACGGAAACAAAUAUCAGUUCCGGCGGAAAUUGAAACAUUAAAGCGGAAAGAUGUUGCGUUCGAAGGACAGACGACGGAUGCUGUCGAUGGCCUUUGCCUGGCUAAGGGUGCAGAUACAAGUGGAAGUGCACCAGCCACUCCGAAUCAACGGCCUUCAGGCAAUGGUAGUUCAGAGACAUCGCUUCCUAAAAAAGCGAAAUUGAUGCGUAUUGAACGGAAAAAAGAAAAACUACUCCAGAAAGGUCUGAGCGCUGAAGAAGUCGAACAGCGUAUGCGUGCUGCCAAAGGAAAGAAUGUAGAAAAAACUCUGGAAGAUUUGUUGGAUGAAGCACCAAAAGCUGGCGAAGCAGCUGCUCAUCGUUUAGAGCUCAUUACCGUGUGCACCUCGAGCGCUGAGUUCAAAAACAGUCUUCAGAGUUCGUUUUCAUUGUACAAAAAGUACCAAACCGCGGUGCAUAACGACCCGCCCCGGGCUAUCGAAGAGUAUCAGGACUUCCUGGUGAAAUCACCGCUCAAGUACUCAAAGGGUUCACAGACUCCAAGCUGUGGAUUUGGGUCCUUCCAUCAGCAGUAUUGGCUAGACGACCGAUUGAUAGCCGUAGGAGUCAUCGAUAUCCUACCCAGCUCUGUCAGUUCGGUUUACUUUUUUUACGACCCGGAGUAUAGAUUCCUAGCUCUUGGAACCUACGGUUCGCUAAGAGAAGUGGCAUUCACCCGGAAGUUGUACCAGCAAACGCCGUCGAUCUCAAACUACUACAUGGGUUUCUACAUCCACUCGUGCCCAAAGAUGCGCUACAAAGCCAACCUUACCCCGUCUUACCUACUGUGCCCGGAAGUGUACAGCUGGCACCCGAUCACUGCUAACAUGCUCGCCAAACUGGACCGCAACAAGUAUUGCCGCCUGAACGAAGAUUCCGAUGCCCGGGAUGCCAACCGGGUCACCCGUUCGGAUCUCGCUAACGUGCUGAUUUUGCACGGUAGCACGUACAUGCGCUAUUCGGCCUAUCAGGAAUCAACCGAUCAAACGGAAGUCGACGAAAAUGUUUCGCUCUAUGCCCGCCUGGUUGGCAAGGUUUGUUCUGGUAGGAUGCUUCUUUACGAAGGUUAGUAACUUAUUUAAGAUAAUUUAACUAAGCCAAUUGCCUGCGAUUGGUUUCCGUACAUGGUUCUUUUCGUGAAAUUCAAUUGAACCGUUCAACGAUACAAAAAGUUUUUAAUCACUCGUUCCUUAAUUUGUUACUGCAAAU